ACACCUACAAUUGCUGGAUACACAAUUGUUGUAUUGUUUUGGCUCAGGUACAUGUAUGCAUAAUAAUAGUAUGUGUCCGUAGUGAAAUGUUGUUGUUAAUCGACAACGUAGGACGCAUGGCAUAAGCAUAAGAUGGGUAUCCUAUCCCUUGAAGGUUUAUACAUAAAUUUGAGGUAUUGAAAAAGAAUUGGGCGCCGGCGCCAGGCAUGUCCACCAGAGGCUUCAUCAUCUAUCUCCUAGCCUCUUUCUCCCUCGCGCUUCUCUCUGCGCUGUUCCUCACCAGAACCAACGACUACAAACAUUAUGUGUCCACGUCACCACCCUCCUCUCCUAAUUAUGGAUCCGCAACCGAUAAGAAUUGGCCCGAAUUGAAGGUGGGUUGGAGAGUUGCGUUGGCCACAGUUAUUGGGUUUCUGGGAUCUGCUUUUGGCACCGUUGGAGGGGUUGGCGGGGGAGGCAUUUUCGUCCCCAUGCUUACUCUCAUUGUUCGUUUUGAUACCAAGUCUGCUGCUGCUCUUUCUAAAUGUAUGAUAAUGGGGGCUUCAACAGCUUCCGUUUGGUAUAACCUAAGAGUGCCUCAUCCAACCAAAGAGGUGCCAAUACUAGACUAUGAUCUCGCCCUUCUUUUCCAGCCCAUGCUCAUGCUUGGUAUAACUGUUGGUGUCUCUCUUAGUGUUGUCUUCCCCUACUGGCUCAUCACUGUUCUCAUUAUUAUUCUCUUCAUAGGUACCUCUUCAAGGUCUUUCUUUAAGGGAACUCAGAUGUGGAAGGAAGAGACUCUUCUCAAGAAAGAAAUGGCCAGACAACAAGAUGCUUUUGUUAAUUCUCGUGGAGAACUUCUAAUUGGCACAGAAUAUGAGUCGUUGAUUCCUAAAGAAGAGAAGUCAUCUUUGCAAAUUCUUUGUUUCAACCUCAAGUGGAAAAGGAUUUUGAUACUCAUGGCCGUGUGGGUUUCUUUCCUAUCACUUCAAAUGAUCAAGAAUGAUGUACAGGUCUGCGGUGUAUGGUAUUGGGUGCUUUUUUUCUUACAGUUUCCUAUUGCACUCAUUGUGUUUGGCUACGAAGCAGUGAAGUUGUACAAGGAUCACAAAGAGAGAAUGAGCACAGGGAACCCGGAAUCCAUCUGUGAGGCAUCAAUUGAAUGGACUCCUUUGCACAUUUUGUUUUGUGCACUAUGUGGCAUCUUAGGGGGAACUGUUGGAGGCCUACUUGGUUCGGGAGGUGGCUUCAUUUUGGGCCCUCUUCUCAUCGAAAUUGGCGUCAUCCCCCAGGUUGCUAGUGCAACAGCAACAUUUGUGAUGAUGUUUUCAUCAUCUUUGUCUGUGGUGGAAUUCUACCUUCUCAAGAGGUUCCCCAUUCCUUACGCGUUAUACCUCACCGCAGUGUCUGUUUUGGCUGGCUUUUGGGGACAAUAUUUUGUGAGGAAAUUGAUGGCAAUUCUUAAAAGGGCCUCAAUCAUUGUAUUCAUCCUCUCAGCGGUCAUUUUUGCUAGCGCUCUCACCAUGGGUGUCGUUGGCAUUGUCGAGAGCAUUGAAAUGAUCAAAGACCACGAGUUCAUGGGAUUUUUAGACUUCUGUAGCAGUCAAUGAUUUAUGUAGUGUGCAGUAGGUGGCAAACAAAGGCAACAUAUUCUGGAGUCAGUGUGAAAAAAGCUUGCAAAUCCAGGGUAGAACAAUAGCAAUAUUAAUUAAUGAAUGUUGGUUAAUGUCUAGUUGACCAACCCAAGGAGAUCCUUCCUCUUCAAGUAACAAAUAAUUAAGGCUAGCUUGCUCUCCCAUUUGUGAAACAUGUUUCUAGUUAAGUGUUUGCUACUGGAUAACGCUUUUCUCAUUGAAGUGCAACAUUUGUUUGAUAUAUAUAUUUAUAUUUUUUUUUCUUCAAAUUUCUGUUGAGUCGAUGUGAAAAAAGCUUGUAUAUUCAGGGUAGGACAACAGCGUUGAGGAAUGUUGGUCAAUGUUUAGUUGACCUCCAGGAAGAUCCUUUCCUCCAUGUAAUAAAUAAAUAAACAAGGAUUGAUUGCCCUACCCUUUGAGAAAAUCUGUUUGUGGUUUGAGUGUUA